AUGGUUGUGGCAGGGAAAAAGCGGUCGCUGAAAGGCAAACUGAACUCCAAGGACCUUGAGGGACGAAAACUCCUGGUAUGAAUAACAACGUAUCGAAAGGUCACCGAAUUUAUCGGAAAACUCCUAUUACUAAAAUUCAUGAAAGAUUUCCGUGUGGGGGUUUUGCAGCGACUGAAGGAAGGACAUUUCUGUUGAACCGCUAAAGUAACAAAGGUGGACAUUAAGACUUUAUGGUUGGCCACUUAACGAAAGUUGACCUUGAGCUAACGAGGAUCGGAGGACGAAAAUCUCUAGUAUUUGCCGUUUACGAAAGGUUUCCGUGUGAGCGUGCAGUGAUUCCACGGAUGGUAUCGAUGCCUUACCCGCUAAAGGCAACGCUGUUGAACAUGUGAUUGCUUUGAUGGCAACUUAUUGAAAGGAUGGAGGGAACAAAACUGCUGGUAGGGAUGGCAAACUAUGGAAAAGUAAGCUGAACCCAAAAAGAAGGGGGAAGGAAGUCUCUAGUUAUUGCCAUUUUUGAAAAAUUUCCGUCUGUGUGUACAGUGACUCAACGGAUGGAAUUGAUGUCGUAGUCGCUAUAGACAACGCGGUUAACUCUGUGUCCGGUAAUGACGGCAACUUAUCGAAAGGUAAACCGAACCCCAGGUGACAAAGCGAACAAAACCACUGAUAUGAAUGACAUCAUAUCGAAAAACACACUUAAUCUAAAGGAGUUGAUGCAAGAAUACCCCGUAGUACGCACGUUCACCAAAGACAUCCGUGCGGAGGUUCAGUGACCGAAUGGGUGGCAUCUCUGUCGAGGCUGGAAACGUGACGCUUCUGUUUUCUAAUUCAGUAGGCAGCUGUAUGUAGUAUAUAAUCCGGAGUCUCAUAUUGCGCCCUUACCGAGCGUUUAAUCUUUACUUUCCUCUGGCAAAGCCAAAUACGCUAAAUUCCAUGCCAAAAGAGCACCGGAAUCCUCGUUCUGAAUACGGUUUUGGAGGUCAUUCAUUUCAGAAAGGCAACAGUCAUUGGUUUUCAGCCGCGCCGAGGUUCAAACGGAAGCAGCCCCAGCACUGCUCCUCUUACCACUUUUCCGCUUGCUUAAUUAAUCACGAUUCGGUCGUGAACAGAGGCUUGGUGACAACAGCCAACCGACAAAAGCCAAGUCCAUCAACCACAAUCUACGAUAAUGGUUUCUCUGGAUUUCAGCCGUUAUAUUACUCGGCUAGGAGGAGAUUGUUUCAACCAUAGUCUUCCUGGAACAGCAUCCAUCCCGCAGCCUGCAUUCCAUAAUUGCGGCUAAAUAAACAAUACUACUGGUUGCAGUACUUUUGUUGGUAAGCAUCCAGAGAACACUACCUGUCCAAAGUGAGCACUGAUUUGAAUGGCGAGGGAUGCAACCGUAGAAUGGAAUUUGAAAGAGAAUAUGGUGACCUAUAUGAUGAAAGGUGUCGAAGAUUACGAAUGAUCGUUAAUCACUCGCAAAAUGACACUAGAUCAUGGAGUCCAUAUCUAGAUUAAUAAAUGCUAGCUGUAAGGGAAUCGAAGACGUAAAAGAAAUAGUAAAGGGAAUACUCCCUUGUUUAGAUGUAUCAAUUUAUUCGAGAAAGCAGAAAAUUCAAAAAAACGUUCGAGAUGGUUGAAAUUUAGUAUAUUUCGGAUACCAAUGCACGAGAAUGGACUAAAUAUUACCCCGUAAAUAAAAUGACGUUUAGUGAAAUUUACAGUAAAAUAUUUUUAAAACUUUGUAUAAUGCCAGUAUGCCGGUUUACCAACAGCCCACAUUCUGAGUAUAUAUUCCAAAAUGCUAUUCAGAGAAUUCGUGAAACUUUCAACGUAUUUGUAUUGACUAAGAUACAGUUUAAUAAGGCACACAUUAUUUUGAUUUAUCUCGCAGAUAUGGACGCCAUAGAAAUGAAAAAGUUUACAAGGUCGCAUGUUGCCAAGCCGGUCAGUGACUCAUCAAUUCAAAUAGAUUUAACGGAUGCAGCCUUAAACUUACCAUCUAAUGUUCGUCAAAAGAAUGUUUCUUCCGCAAAUUCAGUUCGCUAUUAUUCCCUGUUCCGGGUCACUUUGAAUUUCAGAUGGCUCUUGAGAUUUCGCUGAAUACUUUGCGAUUUUCGGUGUUUUAAAUUGACUGUCUAUAAAGACAGGUUCUAUAUUAUUUGCUCAAAAAACCUUCAAAUCAUGCAUUUCUAUGUGCUACUAAAAAGAAGCCAUCCGGCUGUCAUUAAAUUUUGCAGGAGAUUUAAUUCAUACGUUGCACAAGCAAACGAGGAGAUACAGUGUUUUAUGAAAAUACAUUUCACGAUUAAAAAAAAAUCUCAGAGUUAUAAACCGUAAUAAACCUGGUGAUAAUCUUUUCUAAGCAAAACAUUCGACGAAAUAAGUCUCAAAUAAAUGAGUAAGCGAACGACCAGUUUUAGUGUGUUUUCUAAGAUACAUAUUCGAAUUAAUGAGGUCAGCGAAAAUCAAUUUGGGAAAUCCAUACUAAUCGACUAGUUAUUUUCCCUGAGUACACUUUAUCCGGUCGGCACCAACGAAGCUCGUUCAAAAGCUGGCAUGCUUAUAUGACUGAAAUAUCCAGACAUUCCGCAGAAAAAUCUUUAAUUAUACAAUCCUACUUUAGUCACCUUCCCUCAUCGAAAACACACCUCAAAACAUUCCAUGAGAUAGCAGGGCCUUCUAUCAAAAGCUCAUAUAAGCAGAAUGUUAAGAGGUAGCAGGAAAGAACAGAUGAAUAUUAAGGGGGUAUUACGUAUGUCAUAUGGAACGACUACCAGGUGCAGUGGUUGAAAUCUCUCGAAAUAUGUUUAAUCAAUAAAAUGAGACGGAAAUCAGCCCUCGGCGAAGGGACUCACAGAAAUUUAAAGCUAUUCAGUUAGUUAUGAUUGAGGAGGAAGAAAACGGAUACGUCUAAUAGAACUGAAUUCUUGUAAAAUACGUUUACAAUGUUAAGACCAUUAAACCGGUGAACGCCACAAGCAAGGGAUUAUACCGCAGGCAUUUCUGAUCGUUCCUGCAUGAAGUAAAAACCGCAAAAUAUCAGGCCUGUCCACCUAAUUCCUUAUCAACUGAAUCCCCUCCUCUACCGUUCACCCUACUUCUAUUCCGUAACACGUGACCACCACCUGAAUCAACAAACGUCAGUGGGCAUCCGCGUGGUUGGUCGGGCUCAAGGUCGCACGAAACCAAUCAAUACAAUUUAAGCCUUGAACUGCGUCACAAAGCAACUGGACGAGCUACGAGAUGCUGAGCCCAUCCAAACUCUUGUGCCGUUGCAUUCAAUGGUGGAACCAGGAUCAACAUGUAGUUGGAUCGUCAAUAUUACCGUAUGAACAGGGUAUGUUCCGUCAGUAUAUGGACGGAACCUCGUAUGCAGAUAGCAGUAAGUCCGUUUAUUGUAUCUUUCAAGAUUUAUUCUUUCUGCAUCUCCUCGUCCACAACACCUAAGCAAUAACGUGAGCCCGCAUUAAUGAAGAAAUUCCAGCAAUUAUAAAUAAGAUAUAUGCAUCGCACAAGGUCUUUAUGCAUGCAUUUUCUAUCUUGCAUUGACCGAUACUUUUACCGACUUGAUUUAUUUAAGCCAGCUAAGCAUCACUUAUCUAAUACGCACGACCGAGGAUGGGGGAUGACCUUGGGCGUAAAGAAGCAUUAUUUUAGGUUGUUGGUGUCGGUUUUCAUGAAUCCAUUUUAACUCAUGACUUUCUACCUAUAAGUAGAUCAGAUUUCAGGUAAUCCAUUUUCUUUACCUUGUCUUCUAGUUCAUAGUGUAUCAAAAUUCAAUACGUACAAAUGUCCCAACUGCGCAACACCCGUCAGCACACUUAGUGUAGCAUCCUCAUCUACAAAUCCCAUGAUUUUUAAGGACGGUAGAAAUUCGGACAGUAAGGAGGAAUCUAGCAUUGAACAGGACAUAAUUUUCAAAUCUGAUACAUCCAUAUGGACAACUGGCACCGAGCACACAGCUGUUCGAUGGAGAUCAGCUCCCUCUAGACUAGGUGAGAAAAUCUCCGGGUCAACAAGUUUGGAAUAUGUCAGUCGCUUGAGCCUCACAAGUGAAGAAAACCUACGCACUCUGGAAGGUAAUUCAACUCCCAUAUCGCAAUCAUCAAAUUCCGCACACCAGAAGGAGUCGGAAGGUGAAGUGGAUAGUGUAUCAGCGGCCGGUUCAAACAGCUCCAUUUCAUCAAUAUCGUCCUCAUCCUCAACCCCCACGCUUGACCCCCAACAUAGGGACCCAGGACCCCCAACGAUAGCAUUUAGCGGACCAAAUCUCCGUCCGACUCCACAUCCAAGAUCUCGUAGGUUGGAUCCGAGAAAAUCCCAGUCAUCAGCCAAGUCGCCGCUGUCACCUCUUCCACAGCCACCACCACCACCACCACCGCUGUCGUUGUUGGCACCAAUGCGAUCAACGAAGUCGCCACUCCCACAUUCUCUACCACCUCAUCCGUUCACGGCGCCGAUUUCGCCGUCACCAUCUCCACCGCCAACGUUCCCCUGUCUGCUGGACUUGGACUCGUGCAGACCAUCGACGCCACCACAACGGCCUUGCCCACGGCCGCGACAUUCGGCCACCCCAGCACUCCCAACGCCAGCCAAUCCGCCACCGCCAAGGUCGUUGUCCGCAAUGGCACACCCACCACCACUUCCACCACCACCGCCACCAGGAUGGUUGACCUUGAAGCAGGUGGAGACAGUAGCGACUGCAGAGGAGUACACGCCGCCUCCGUCCUUGACGCCGUCCCCUGCUCCCUCCCCGACUCCGUCUCAGCUCCUAAAUGCACUGAUUGCUUGGCCGUCGCCGACGCCGUCGUCGCCGAAACCCUCAACCCUACUGACAUCACUGCCGGAACCCUUAUCGACGCUGACCCCUUCCACACAACUUUCCCUUCCACAGUCUCAACUCCCAGAGGCGUUGAAGGGGUUGAGUCCAUUGCCAUUAUUAACCCAACCCUCCUCAUCACCAGAACUGUUGACAACGUCUACCUCGUCUCCACCAUUAUCCCCAUCACCCUCCACCCUGUUGGUGCCGUUGAAGACGUUGACGGGACCGCCGCCACCGCCGACGACGACGCCGCCCUCAUCGCCGCCACCACCCCUAUUCAUUUCGCGUCUCUCGCCUGCCGAUGA